AUGCUUAAUGGACCCCAUUGUCGCAGCCAACUAAAAGAUGCUACCAAUCCAUCAUCUGUUGCUGGACUAACUCAGGCUCGUGAAGGAACUGUGGACGGUUAUGGUAGUGUUCGUUUUUUAGUAGAAAAGACAAAUCAAGUAAUUUAUGUUGAAACUACAUUAAUUGUUCCUCCUAUGCAAGCUCAUAAAGGUACACUAUUUGUAUGGCCUGGUUUACAACCUGGAGGGGCCAAUUUUAAACCAAUUGAUAAUGGCGUAUUACAACCUGUAUUAACCUGGGGUCCGUCGUGUGCUCCAGGUAUUCAACCUCCAAAUUAUUCUAGUUGGUGGGUCUCUGCACAAUAUGUCAACACUGUUGGAAGUUUUAAAGGUUAUACUGGUUGUAAGGGUGGUCGAGUUAUGACCGUGAAUCCGGGCGAUCAAUUGUUUAUGCAAUUUAAAUUAAAUGGUACUAUUUGGACACAAACUGUAACGAAUCUUCGUACUAAUCGGGCAGUGAAAUUUAGUAUUGGUCUGCUUGGACAAGCACAAAAUUAUGUAUACUUCAUAAUUGAGCAAUAUGCUUCUACAUUCGUGGAUGAUGCGGUGUAUCUGAAUUCGAAAUGGAAAUUUGCUCAACCAAGUAAUCAAGGAUGUACAUUAGCCUUUCGUGGAAUAAAAGAUUUUGUAUCUACACCACAAUUGUCGACUGAUCGAUUGUCAUGUUCUGUAGUGAAAAUAAUACAACGUGCAAAAGAAAAUCCACAAUCAAGUUUUUAG